AUGUCGGGAUAUCAGAAUAAGAAGAGGAAGCAGGACUUCCAGCAGCCUCAACAGCAACAUCAGAGUGCCGACGAUGAGGUCGAUACUUCGAGGCCUUCAGCUGUAUUUACACCUACAGGUGGCCGUCAACACACACUGAGUAUCGCGCUGCCUGGAAGCGUGAUCGCAAAGUAA